UUGAAGAGCGUAUCCAAGAUGGCCGAUGAAAACCGUGAGAAGAAACUUGCUGCUGCUAGGAAAAAGCUCCAACGAUUCCAACAGAAGCGAACACCCGCAAACUCCCCCAUCCCUACCAAGAGCCGGAAGCCAGACAACCCAAUCUCUGCACCCACGACGCCCCUGACAAACAGCCAGCCAAACAAAGCCUCCCCUCCCCCCUCCACACCACCCAGGGCCAACCAGGGAAUCCAUCAGAGCCACACCCCAGCCAGCACUAGUCACAGCCCCCGACAGAACUCGUACACAAGCAGUUCAGAUCAUCUUAACCCAUCCAGCAGUGUGCUGAAUAACAGCCACCAACAAGUUGCUUCAAAUUCACCAGAUACCAGACCAUUGUCUUCCACUGAGAGUCUACGCCAACUGUCAAUGCAAGUUAAUGGGCUCGUCUCAAAGGCUGAGUACUUAAAUGGACUUGAUGAAGAUUCAGUGGACGCUAGGACAAGACUUGGUCUCAGUCAACUGGAGGCCAGGAACCAGGAGUUAGCAGCUGAUCGAGAUGAACACGCCCUCUCUAAUCAACAGCGACAACUGCACAUUGAUGAACUGAGGAAUCACUGUGAGAAAUUACAGUAUCAGUUGCAGAAGGAGCGCAAAGAGUCGGAGCAGCGACUGUUCAAAGAGCAGAGCUCCCUCAGGGAGCAGUUACAGGUUCACAUCCAGACCAUCGGUAUUCUAGUCUCGGAGAAGUCAGACCUCCAGAGCGCUGUGGCACACAGCCAGCAGAGUCUCAAACAAAAAGCAGGUGAAGCAGAUAAUCUGUCCAGCCGACUCCAGGCCUCCAGACAGAGAGUGGCUGAAUUGGAGAGAGACUUGACCAGUGCGACAUCCUCCAGCCAACAGUACCAAAAGACGAGUGCAGGGCUUGAUAAGGAGAAGGAUACUCUCAUGCUAGACGUCUAUAAAUUAAAGAAAGCCAACGAAGAGUUAACACAACGAAAUUCAGAGACUAGCAGUCAACUCAGAACAAAGGUUGCAGAAUCGUCCCAGCUAGAGCAGCUCGCCCAAGACUUGAAGGACCGUCUGAGUGCAGCGGAGCUACGGGCCCACCAGCUGGCCAAUCAGGGCAGCCAGCAGGAUACCCACGAUGCACUGCUGAAAGUCCAACAAGACAAAGCCGAGCUCGAGAGUAAACUUGCCCAGUACAACCAAUCGUUCCAGCAACUGACAGCAGAGAGGGAGCAAUUGGCUCAACAGUUCCAGCAGCACACACAACAAUAUCAGAAACAGGCUCAAGAACUGGUUCAACAAAUACAAGCUCAAGCACAAGAAAAGGAAAUCCUUGUAGAAAAGCAGGCUGAAUUACAGAAGCAAAUCAUCGAUAUGGAAAAUGCGAAAGUUGCAGAUUCGGAACAAGGAGACCUCAUCAACCGGCAAGAAGUUGAUGAUCUACAGCAGAGAAUCACGCAGCUUGAGGCAGAUAAACAGUCAGUACAUGGGCAAUACCAACAACAGGUCAGCGACAACGCCCAGCUCAGUCGCCUAUAUCAGGAGCGAGAAGAUCGCAUCGAGGAGCUGGAACGCCAACUGGCCCGCCUCAACGAGGAGUCUACAGACCGAGCAUCUCUCCUAGAGAGCAUCCAGGGAGACAAGGUGACCAUCAGCCGAGCCAUGGCCCAGAACAAGCAACUCAAGCUGCAACUGGAGGAGCUGCAGUCAGCAUUUGUCAAGAUGACUAAUGAUAACAUGGAGAUGUUAUCCAGCCUGCAGUCUGAGCAGCAUGUUAGUCAGGAGUUGGCGAGUCGACUGGGGCAACAAGAAGAAGAACUGAAAGAGUUUAAACAACAGUUGCAGUCCAAGGAGAGCGAAUGCGACGUCUUGAAGACGCAAAAUUACGGUCUAAACAAGCAGCUGCUGCAGCAGGCCACCAUGACUGAUAGAGUCCAGCACUAUGAGGCACAGAGCCACAUCAACGAGACACUACAGAAAGAUCUGUCCAAUGCUCAGUUGAGGCUGCGAGAUCUGACGGAAGAGAACAGCGAGCUCAGAGUGCGGAUCGCCAACCUGGAGGCUUACCGGGCGGAGUCGCAGACGUCCUCACCCAACGUCAGUUUGGAGGAUGGCCGAGUGGUCUCACGGGAAGACAUGGUGGAUUCAUUGUCGGCUGCCAUCAGGCAGCUGGAGAUGGAACGAAAUCAACUCACAGAAUCAUUCCACGAACAACAGGCUCAACACCAUGCACUCCUGGAGCAGAUGGAACAGAUACGAAGACAGCAGGGACAAGAACCUGCGGUGCUUUCAGACGUCCAGUUUGUCUCCAAGGAAUCCUUUGAGACGAUGAACGCGGCCAUGGAUAUGCUGCAGGAUCGGUUUGCUUCUGUCAUGAGAGAGAAGGCAGAGCUUAGCGAGAGGUGUCAGGAGCUGGAACACAUCAACCUGCAGUUGUCUGGCGAGACUGAGACAAUAGGUGAAUACAUCAGUCUGUAUCACAGCCAGCGAGACAUGAUGAAGAGGAGGCAAGAGGAGAGAGAACGCUUUGUGGCAUCGCUAGCCAAGGACAAGGAAGAAAUGCAGCAAAAAUUGAACCAGCUCCAGAACCUGAUGAUGCAGUUGAUCCAAGAGAAGAAGCGCCCCGCCCACCCCCACACCCCUAACCAAUUCCCAGCUUUCUUGGGUUCCCCGUCCCUCACCCCCGGGGGCGCUAAUUCCAUCAACAACUCCCCCGUUUCACCGUUCGGCGGUCCGAUGUCCAACCCCAACCAUCACCACAAUCACACUAAGAAGCACCAGACGUUGAGUGGAAGCAUGGACAGUACCACUUUAGACGAUGACAGCGAUGCCGAUGACUGGCCGUCCAUCAGCAGCACUGACAGCGCAGAGGAAGCCACCAUGGCGGACCACUACCACACCGCCCAGAACCUGAGCCUAGACAACUCCCCGCGACGCAACCCUGCCCACAACCGCAGCCCGCAACCCACGGAUCACACGGCCCAGCAGAUCAUGGAGCUACUGGAGCAGAUCGGAGGGUCACACAUCAUCGAUCGAGGGACCAUCUUAGAUCGAGACUUUGCCCCCUGCAAAUGCUGCAGCGGGACUCUUGUGGAUGUAUGAUUCAAGAGCUGGGAUUGUGAACGUCAAAGUUGCCGUUUCGCUUCAUCCUCCGAAAUCCUUUAAUAAAACUCUGCCAAGAUAGUGGAGAGGAUUUGCAGGAUUGAGGAAGGUAGAGCUUGGCUGCUAUUACUUCACAUGAGGCUUGAUGAUGCCCUAGGAAAUUACAAAGGACAUGUCAUUGGAGGAUUUUGGAGGAUUCAGAAAUGAUCCUGCCCAUAAAGCUGUAGGUUGCAAGUUUUGUGAUCGGGAUUUUCUGCAUGAGGAUCUUGCAGCGAUUGCUUAUUGGAUGUGAGAUCGGGAAUCACGUCUUUUACAAACAACUCUUGGAGCUUGGAUUCCUUAGAGUAAAUGCUGCAUUGCUUCUCUCUGGAUGCUUGAUACUCUGGAUAAAGACUUCCGCUUGAAAGCUUUUUUGUAACAGCAUUUGCGUUAGUUUGAUGCACUUCUUGUGUGGAACUUUGAAUUUCUUUGUUGGGUUAUAGCCGAUAGUGUACCCCCAGGGUGAUAGAUGUACUGUUAUUUUUAAGCAUGACCAUAAACAUUGGUUUCUGUGGAUACAGAUCAUAAAAACUGUAGCUCAAGCUUGCGAGAAAUCUACACCGAAUGAGCAUCUGUGAAAUCAUAUUGGAAAAGAAUUGAAAAGAACAGCAUUCACUUUCUGUGCAGACUAAACUAAGUUCAGUUCUAAAAUGGCUGUAUCUCCAGAAAGAUGAUCAAAUUUGUCCAGGACUUCAUACUCCGAGCUGCAAAGACUCUUGUACUACAAGUGCCUUAUUUACUUGCGAAAGGCGAGAUCAUCAGUAACUGUGUGACCAUUGUGUGUUUCAUAAACAAACAAAAACAACCUGUGUGAUGACAAUCGUCGUGAUAACUUCAGGUAUCAACCUGGUAUUUUCACUCUUGAUCAAAAUUGCCGAGGAGAAAAUCCUGCAGUAUUACCUUAUGAGGAACUGUAUGAAGAUGCGACUUUUUCGGCGACUUGUGCCAAAGUUUUCGGAAAAACAUUGUGACUUCAGGUUUAAACUACUUAGCUUGGGCGCAUCUGAAUAUUUGUGUUUUUCCAGCCUUGUGUUUUACAGAGGAGAAACUGGCUUUUUGGAGGAAAUUUACACCACUGUAAAAAUAUAUUUCCAGUGUAAAAAUACCGAACGUUUUGUUGGAGUGCACAUAAAUGCAGUGUUGGCGGCAAACGCGGAAAAACUUGUUGGCAUUGAGAUGUGGUGUUAAUCUUACGCUUGAGCAUGGAUAGUAUGAUAAUGUGAACAAUGUAUGGACUUGGCAAAGAAUCAGAUCUUGGGAUCUUUAGUUCCAGUUUUCUUUGUAUGUUUGUUGAUUUGUUUCCACAUUUUCGGACCAAUUGGAACCUCUAAGAGAAAAGGAGAAAAGUAGAAGAGGAAUAAAAGUAGAAGAAUAGUUUGAUUUGGUAUAAUUAUUUUAUUUGUCUAAGGGACACAAAUAUUUCAAGCAGAAAGAAACAUUUAUGUUUAUUUUGAUAUCAGCUAAACAUUCCAGAAGUUGUAUCGCAAAAAAUGUAUUUUUUGUUUUGUUUUGUUUGUUUGUUUGUUUGUUUGUUUUGGUUUUUUGUUAUGCUUCUUUUUUUGGGGGGGGGGGGGAGGGGUUAUGGAACUUGAUAUUUAAAAUGGUUAGACACAGUAUAAUAUUUAAAAACACAUUUUUUUCCUGAUGGAAAAUGUUAAGUAUUCAGCGGAAGUUUUGAAGUACAAAUGUAUUUUCAAGUUCUGGGAAGCUCCCUUACUCCAAGUAUUGUUCACAUUCUAGGAAAAGAGUGAAUGUUUUUACAUCGAAACAAAAUGUCGUAAAAGCUAGUGCUACAUUGGAACAUAAGGGUAGGUGAA